GAUUAUUUAAGGUAAUACUCAAAUUUGCAUACAUGUAAUAGGAAAGCAACUGUUACAUCUCAUGCAUUCACAUUCUCGCUUUCUCCUGUACAUAUUGUUUUUGUCGCUCGCCGUCCAGCUACCGGACGGCGACGACGACAACUUUCCUGGCCUACCGUUGUCCUGCAUGUCGGCCGUCGGCCGGCGUUUCUAGAUCAAAAUGUCCACACAACCGUCACACACUCUCCUACAAAUCAUCCUAAUCUCCGCCCACGAUCUCCCUCCGGUGUCGAAACCCCUCCGCACGUACGCCGUUGCAUGGCUAGAUUCCGGCCAUAAGUUGACGACGAGGAUCAAUCGUGAUGGCCACAAUAACCCGACGUGGAAUCACAAGUUCACCUUCCGCCUCGAAAACCAGCUUCUCGGCUCCGGCGACGCCGCCGUCAAUUUCGAAAUCUAUAGCGUUGCAUGGCUACGUGACACUCCCAUUGGCACCGCCAAGCUUGCGUUAAACAACUUCUUUCCACCACUUUUGGCCAAUAAUUCCUCCAUAAGGACCGCCGCCCUUCCGGUCCGCCGCCCCACCGGACAUUUACAAGGAACCCUCAAUGUUAGUAUCCAAUUCAAAGAAACCGGCGGUAUCCGCUGCCAUUUAAAUGUCCCAUCCCAGACAAAUAUAGAAGAAGUGAAUGAUGAUGAAACUAAAGGUAGUGCUUCAAAGGGGUCAAACAUGUUUGAAGAAUAUAAGGAUGAGAAUAAAACCUCGGAGGUUCCUGCUGGUGAGGAUGAAAUUAUGCAGGCGACAACAAACAUGUCAGAGACAGAGGACGAGGCGAAAAACUCACGCCGAUCUUUUAUUUCGUACAUCUCCGAGAUGCACCCGUUACCAUCGAAAAUGACAACGGGUCUAUCGAAAGGAUACCUUUCUGGUGAAGAAGAAGAUUACGGGAGUUCCAUAUUCGAAAAUUGGUCUAUCCCGGACGGAGAGAGUAAUAACAAUAAUAUAGAAGAUCAAACGGUGAGAAAAGAUUCAAUGAGCAUUUCAUCACUUUCGUGGGAAUUAAUGGAAGAAAAUUUUAUGCAUUCGCCCACAAUAGGAGACAACAAGUUGAGUGGGGAAGGCUCAUCGUCGCCGAUAAGGAAAUCAAGAUCAGGAAUACAUCAUCGUCGCCACCACCAUCACCGGCGGAGAAGCCAGUCCAGCGUAGGAUUGAUGUCAUGCUUUGGAAAUGCAUAUGGGUUUGAGUACAAGUUCAUAUGUGGGUCCGGCUGACACCAUAAAUAGGAACGAAAUGGAGAAAAUUUCUUAAAUAGGAUUAAAACAUAGAUAAAAUGUACAAAUAGAAUUGUCACUAUCUUAUUCUUUCUAGAAUAAGACUCAUCCACUCCUAAUUGAGGAAAUUUUAUAUUUUCAAUAAACCGAAUACCUCCAUUUUUGAAAAUAAAACAUAACUAUUCUUACUUUUACACUUUGUUUAUGUUUCACUUCUAUUUAAUUUGAAGGGGAAAGUGUCCCCCUUUCAUAGGCUCAUAGCCCCUAAACUUGUUGAAAAUUCUGUUUGUGCCCACCCAGUGGCGAAGCCAGACUGGAGUGCAAAGGGGGCCGGAAAUAAUCCAAGUAUAAAAUUAUAAAAUAGGGUGGACAUAAAGUAUUGUGAAAUAUGUCGCCGACGUCGAAUUUUCGAUCGUAAGGUGUACUUUCUAGUAGACAAGUUCUAAAAUUGCCAAGAAAUAUUAGUUGCAAGAUCAAAAUUGCAAGAGAAUAAAGUUGUACGACUAGUAACGGUC